GGGUCGUCGUGCCUAAACAAUAAAGUACAUGCUGCAAGGCCGACAUAGAUCGAAAUACGUUGCCUCGUAGUCUAUUUUAUGUCAUCUAUAUGAAAAUGUGGUUAUUACUUCUUCGAUGUUGACCAAAGGCCAGCGUUCAUGAGUGCAAGUCGCUUUGAAGCUCGUUGAGACAGCGUUAGCUCGGCAAUUGGAGCCAGUGUCUAGUGUGUUUUUCACUAGCGUUAGCAAGGUGUAAAAUGUAUCGGAGUUAGCCAAUAUUGUGUAUUUUAAUGCGACAGGUAGCAGUCCAAAUUGCCGUGGGAAAGUGUUUUUAGUACAGAGUGUUGUUAUGGUGCUCGAAUAAUUAUAAUUGCCUCUCAAAAGGCUGCAAAGAUUAACCUGUGCUCAUUUCCGUUAGCCACUUGACGUGAUUGUAAAUCUGACAUUAGCUUAGCUUCAACGUAAAGUCACGCAGCAAACUGGACAAAACAUUGGAUCUAGUCGGCUUUAAGUCGGGCGCAGCGGGUUCGCUGACCCCUCAGAAGAAAAUGAAAAAGAGGAAGGAGUUAAACGCUCUCAUAGGACUCGGGGACAGCAAGAGGAAAAAGCCGAAAAAGGGCUCCGGUCACCGGCUUCUACCAACUGAGCCCCCGGACUCGGAGUCCGACUCGAGUUCGGACAACGACGGGUUCAACAACAUGGACAGUGGAGCAGGUUUUGGGAAAAGCUACAGCCAGUGCUGCACAGUAUGCUACCCCUUGUUUCUCUUCAUCAUACUGGUUGCAUGUGUCAUGGCCUGCGCUGGACUCAUAUGGAUGCAGAUUGCCUUGAAAGAAGAUUUUGACUUGAUGAAAGAAAGAUUGCACAGCAUGGAAUCAAGCCAGAAGGAGUCUUCAAGUGAACUACCAAAAUUAAGUGAGGACUUGAAAACUGAGGAGAAAAAGCUUGAUGACAUUGAGAGUGGGGACAAGGGGCUGGGCAAACUCUGGUCUAACCUCACAGAAAUGAACAGAAAGAUCACUUUGCUGGACACUGCAGUAAACCAUUUAAAGGUCAACUUGAAGUCGGCCUCCGAUUUAAUCAGCCUACCCACUACAGUCGAGGAACUUCAAAAGAGCGUGGCUACAAUUGGGAGCACACUAACCAGUGUACAACACGACGUUAAGACUAUGCAGACUGCGAUUGAAAGCCAGAAGAAGUCGGACGAUGGGCUGAAGGCAACAAUGGACAUAACUGACCUGAGGAAAGCAAUGAGCGAGGCCAACCAGACGGAGGUACAGCACCACACGUGGACCAAUGAGCAGAUCCACAUCCUCCUGUCAACCGUCGCAGAGCUACAGCAUAGAGUGGCCUCGUUAGAGAACGGCUCCAAACAAACAUUGAAAGAUGCUGAAUCUCAUCCACUCGUCAGCAGCAGUCCUCAACUCUCCGAGACAUCACCAGACUAUUCCACACUAACUCCAGGCCCGCAGACGAGCAGGCACCCACGCUUCCUCACCCCAAGCCGCUCGAAGAGAAACGCUGAUGUCAAAUGCCAAAAUAGGCGUUUACUUCCUGAAAUUGCAUCACUGGAAGGUCUGGAAGACAUUUACGGAGACGUCAGUCCCGAUUCAGCAGGCUUGACCUACGAAGAGCUGUUGGAAAAACUUGGGCCGUCCACUCCGAAAGCUCGCACCUUGAGGUGCUUUGACACAGACGGUGAUGAGAGGUACUCCCUGAUGGAGCUGAGAGCUGCUGUAGGUGUGUGAGCAUAUAAACCCCCACCCCCUGCCCCCACAGCAGCAAACAGUAUUGAAUGAAGCCCAGCAGGGUCUGGGGCGAGGACUCUGACUCCACCCCCUUUUCUGUAAUUGCUGCACUUUUGUGUGAACUGAACAUUGAUCAUGUUGAUUGUGGAAGUCUACUCUUCCUUUUUGCUCCAAUCCAGCACAACCUCAGCCCCCCCACAACUUGACCCACUAACACUUACGCACCAUAAUUUAAUGAGAUUUCCAACAUACAUUUGUUUUUCCAUCCAAUCAGGCUUUUUUGUUUUCGAUGCUACCCCUAACACUCACCUGGUACAAAGAGUAACAUGUAUUUUGGACUUUUACGAAUGUUUACAAAUGACUACUACUAGAAGCAGAUUUGGUGUUUUUUCUUAUCUUUAGCUUCAGUUUUUAGCCUGUUUCCUAUCUUUGCUGAAACACUUGAGUGAUCCUAUCAGUGGGCAAUUUUGUAUGCUUUUCCAUUAUUAUAUUUAAUGUAAUGUUUUUCCUCCCUGCUUUCACUUUGUUGUUUUUGCCAUUAAGCAAGAUUUGAAGGGCUAUGUACACUUUGAAACACUUAAGACUUUAGAUGCAUAUGUAGCAAUAAUAAGAAACAGCAUGACGACUAUUGUAGUAACAGGUAGUACAAGAAGCACUGACAUCACUCUUUUAAUCCAUUUAACUGAAUGUUUAAUGGUGUAUUUACACAAGUUAUACUCUGUUAAAAAAAAAAAGUUUCUCAAUUUCUUAUUCAGGAUGUUGGAUGAGUUAAAUUUGCUUUGUGAAUUUGUUAAAUUUGCAUCUUAUGUUUUUAACAAAGUCAGUAGUGCAUUGCAAGUUGCUUAUGAUAAUGUACAAUUUAUUUAUGAAGCUAAAAUUGUCGACUACGAAGUAGUAGUGCGGGAAAAUGAGCUCAGAAUGCAACAUUGGGCUAUUAUGAAAGCUGUUGGUCUAUAUGCUGCUACAAUGAGAUUUUGUCUUUUGUGUGUGACCAAUGAAUAAAGAGUUAAAUCUUUCAUU